GGGGCUUCAGGUAUCGGCGGAAGAUUAGCCUCCUCCUCCCAACUUUCCGCCUUUUGAAGCCAACGCGGGGGCCACGUGGUGCCCUGACGAGGACUGGCCGGCGUCACAUCACCAGCUGCCGGGGCUAUAUAAAGGGACGCCAGCUCCGGCGAAGUCUGUUUGCACCCCGCGGAACGCCCUCUGGCUCAAAUCCGCCCAUCGUUCGCCGGUCUCAGCUCGGAUUCCCGCUUGCGCUGACUUUCCACCCAGCCCGUUCACAGGACUCCACUCGCAGCCUUCCUUGUAAACCGGUGAUGGACAGAAUAGACCCGCCUUGCAAGUUCAAGUCGCUGCUGCUGCUGCUGCUCCCGCCGCGUCCGUGAAGCCAACUCAAGUUCGCAUGAGGUGGGUGUGUUCUAGUGACGGGGUAAUAUGGCAGAGGUAGGAGCCAGUCCGUGUAACUGGAGUUGCAACGGCUCCAACAGCGACGAGGUGCACUCCUAUUCUGUGCAGGCGGCCGUCAUCCUGACAUCGGUGGUGUCGGUCAUCAUCCUCGCAACCAUCUUCGGCAACGUGCUGGUUGUGAUCGCCGUGUUCACCAGCCGAGGACUGCGGGCGCCCCAGAACCUCUUCCUCGUCUCCCUGGCGUCCGCCGACAUCCUGGUGGCUACUUUGGUCAUGCCCUUUUCUCUGGCCAAGGAGUUGAUGGGCUGCUGGUACUUUGGCAGAGUCUGGUGCGAGAUUUACCUGGCGCUAGACGUUCUAUUCUGCACAUCCUCCAUCGUGCACCUGUGCGCCAUCAGUUUGGACAGAUACUGGUCCAUCACACAGGCUAUCGAGUACAACCUAAAGAGGACUCCUCGGAGGAUCAAAUGCAUCAUCGUCACGGUGUGGGUGAUCGCCGCCGUCAUCUCCUUCCCGCCGCUGAUCUCCAUCGGCAAGGAGACCGGUCUUCGGGAGAAUCCCCAGUGUAAGAUCAACGACGAGCAGUGGUACAUUAUCUCGUCUUGUAUCGGCUCUUUCUUCGCCCCGUGCAUCAUCAUGAUCCUGGUAUACGUGAGGAUCUACCAGAUCGCCAAAUUGAGAACCAGGCAUCCACCGGGCAAGAAGACCAACGGAGAGCUAGGCACCAAGCAGAACGGACUGCGCUCAUCAGCAUCGCCCGACGGGUUGCGGAACGGCGCCGGUAAAGCGUGCCAGGGCAAAGGCAAUGGCUUGGAGCAGGAAGAGUCUUCAUCCUCCGACCACCAGGAUAAUCACUGCGCGGCCAAGACCAAGGUAGAGCCCCGGGCCAAGGCCACCGGGGUGCUGCAGUCGGUGCAAGGCAAGGUGGUGAGCGGGCUGCAGCGGCCGGAAGACGGGGUAAGUCCCAAGGCGGCCCGCUGGAAGGGGCGCCACAACCGCGAGAAGAGGUUCACCUUCGUGCUGGCCGUGGUGAUCGGGGUGUUCGUGGUCUGCUGGUUUCCUUUCUUCUUCACGUAUUCCCUUACCGCCAUCUGUUCCGAGAGCUGCGCUGUGCCUGAAACUCUGUUCAAAUUCUUCUUCUGGUUCGGAUACUGUAACAGCUCCCUGAACCCCGUCAUCUACACUAUUUUCAACCACGACUUCAGGAAGGCUUUUAAAAAAAUCCUUUGCAGGACAAACAGAGCACAGAAAGUCUGAAGAGCGAA